AUGGUAACGUUCAGUAGUUCAUCGGAGACUAUGGUGAUGACGACACCAGAAUUUGAGAGGGAGAUUAUAACAAACAUUUCAAACUUCAGGUGUCUUCAGCGGUUGCAGAUGCAAGUGAUAAAGGAAAGGGGGAAGGAGAAAGAAGAUGAACUGAUGAUGGGUGAAGUGAUGGAAGUGCCUGAUCGCCGAAAUUCUGUAAUCAAUCGGAUACAAAAACUGUUUGGAGAUAUGGACGAGCUUCAUGAGAACGAAUCAGCAAUGCAGAUGCCAAACAAGAAUCCAACAUACCAUCCACACACACAUUACAUACAAGAGCAAGAACAUGAUUUAAGUAAUGGGAACAUGAUUCAGAAUGAGGAUCAGGAUGAUAUUGGGUCUGAUCCAGGAAACCUGUCAUCAGAUAACCAUAAUGCAAUGAUGGCACGUGGCAGCAUUGAGGAUACAAACCAGCUUACACUCUCUUUCCAGGGCCAGGUUUAUGUGUUUGAUUCAGUCUCUCCUGAGAAGGUUCAAGCUGUUCUUUUACUACUGGGUGGGCGUGAAACAUCCUCAAGCAUGCCUUACAUGUCAUUAACCCAUUAUCUGCAAAGUAACAGGGAUCUGGGGAGUACUCCACAACGGUUAAAUGUUCCACAGAGACUGGCAUCACUGAUGAGAUUCCGUGAGAAGAGGAAAGAACGGAAUUUUGAGAAGAAAAUUCGUUACACUGUUCGCAAGGAAGUGGCACUCAGGAUGCAAAGGAAUAAAGGGCAAUUUACUUCUUCAAAGAGUGUUCAUGAAGAUUCUGCAGCUACAAGUUGGGAUUCAAACCAAGGUGGUUGGCACUCAGAUGGUAGUGGUUCCCAGCAUCAAGAAACCGCGUGUAGGCAUUGUGGGAUCAAUGAGAAAUCUACUCCAUUGAUGCGCAGAGGACCUGAUGGACCUAGGACACUCUGUAAUGCAUGUGGGUUGAUGUGGGCAAAUAAGGGAACUUUAAGGGAUUUGUCAAAGGCAGUUGCAGCAACUCCUGUGGGAAAGAGUCCCUCUUUGAACCAACGACAUGAGGAUGAGGUUGACGCUGUAAAUGUAACGCAGAAUGGAAACAUGGAUUCUGAACAAAUGGUGGUUACAGGAAACAGUCGUGAUUCAUAAUCGUAAGUCAAAAGUCUGUUGCUAAUGUGCGCAAGAUCUGGUGGUUACUUACGUGUGAGUUGUGAGGAGAGUGAGUCUGUUGCUAAUAUGCGCAACUGCAAAGCAAGGUGAGUGAGAUUGAAAAGUAGGGAAGACGAAUUUGCCAUGAGAGAGAAUGUGAAUUUGAGGUGAAAGAAAGGUGGAGGGCCCAUUGAGAUCUGAGAUAGAUCGCUUUGAAGAAACGGAAUCACGGAUUGUAGGCAAGGAAUUAACUUAGAUUCACAUCAUAUCUGUAAGACUGUAACUACAGAUCUAAUUCAAUUUUUUUAUUAUAUAUUAUAUAUUACUUAAGUCGGCAGCUACCGAUUAUUCUUUUUAAUCCUUUUUCUUUUGCAUAUAUUCUUUGGUUCAUGGAGGGGCAAACUCAAAGUACUUAUUAGAGUAGUGUUUUUGAGCCACGUGGAGGGGCAAACUCAAAGUAACUCAAACUUAUUAAUGUUUUCAACACCAUGUUAUUAAAACUAAAGAGAAAAUCAAAGACGAAUUUAUAUAACGCAUUUGAAUGUCGUGGGUGUUUAUAUGGUCAUCAGUGUAAACCUUAAUUCCGGUAACAAUUAUGAUCUACUUUUUCAUUGUCGGUCGUAACAUUGGUUAAUAAAAGAUGUCGGUGUGGUUUUUUUUUAAAUGGUCAUUGAUAAAACAAAUAAACACAAACACAUUUUACGG